ACCCGAGCCCUCCUCCUCCAGGCUCCUUGGGGUCGCUGAGGCAGUUUCUCUCUGGAGGCCUCCACCACUCACCCUCCAACUGCCCCUCAUCACUGGCUGAGCCUGCCUUAAAUCCCUCCUGACAACUGAUGCAUCCCACGCCCCCGCUAAUUGGGCCUCCACCUUGCCAUAUCAAGCUGCUCUCACCCGUAUCCCCCUCAGCUGUGCCUCUGUCUGCUGCUGCCUCCUCCUUCACUCACCCCUGCCCUUCCCCCGGCCCCUCUAGCCCGGCUCUUUGAUCUCGUAGCAUCUUGGCUGGCCGCUCAUCAGGAUGUGCUGCCUGGCCGUCCGCCCCGCCUGGGGCCUCUCUGGCCUUGGCUACUGAAUGAAUGUUGGAGCCAGUAAGGCUGGCAGAGGCCUCUGCUGGACAUAUACAUACAGAAAAACUACCCUGGAUAACAGCAGUAUCAUUAGAAGUGCCCUCAGGCCAUGAGACUCAGAUGCAGCAAGUAAUUUCUUCCUGUUCAGAACAAGGAACCCAUGUGACAGUAGAGGUACAUGCUAGAAAUUCCACACCACAAUUAUUCAAGAAACUCUCAUUUGGAAAGGGUUUUCAAGAGAAUGGAAAGCGCAGACCCCGCCCACCUGGAUCAAAAGACCAGCAUGCUUACCCAUGGGACAAGUCCUGCUUAAAAUCCAUGCCUUUAGACCUGAAGCAGUUUGAGAAAUUGGAUGCAUAUGCAACAAAGGUAAUUGCCAAGAGUAGUGUGGAAGAGCUAGUGAAAACCUUGCUCCGUGUAGCACAUACCGAUCUGGAAAAAGUCAGAGCCAUCUGGACAUGGAUAUGCCACCAUAUAGAAUAUGAUGUUGUGGGCUUCUAUAACAAAGACAAGCAAUCUUUCAAGCCCAAGGAUGUCCUUCAAAGUGGAAAGAGCAUUUGUGAGGGAUAUGCUGGACUCUUUGAACAAAUGUGCAGCAUUGCAGGAGUGCAGUGCAUGAAUUUAUCUGGCUAUUCUAAAGGCCAUGGCUACAGAGCUGGGCAGACCUUUACAGGGGAGUAUGACCAUGCCUGGAAUGCAGUUUAUCUGGAUGGAAGGUGGCAUUUAGUGGACAGCACCUGGGGGAGUGGCUCAAUGGAUGACUGUUUCAGCAAAUUUACCUUCAGAUACAAUGAAUUUUAUUUCCUUACCCACCCUGCCCUAUUUAUUAAUAAUCAUUUCCCAGACAACAGCAACUGGCAGCUACUUAAAUCAACUGUGACACUGAAACAGUUUGAAAGCAACAUGUUAUACAAGAGUGACUUUUACAAGAUGGGAUUGCUGGCAGCCCACCCAGAAACACCAAUUAUUCAAACAGUAAAUGGAAAAGUAGCAGUAGCAGUAGAGAGCCGUUCUCCGAUGCUGUUCAUGUUUGAGUUGAAAGGGGCAAAGGAGUUUAGCUUGAUGACUCUGAAGAGGAAUGGGAUGAAUCUGGAACUCUAUCCACAGAAGACAGGAAGUCACAAGUUACAGAUCUAUGCCAAACCAUCCAAAGGUUCAGAGGAGAUCUACAACUGCAUUUUAGAAUACACCUUAGAAUGCAGCUCAGUAGACAGGACCAUUUGCUUCCCAAAGGAACUCCAUCAACCUGUUGGACCUAGUUGGUUCACAGAGAGACAAGGAUUCCUCAAGCCCUCCCAUAGGCACUCGAUUAUUCAUACCAAUGAUGGGCGCUGUGAUCUCAGCUUCAUUCUCAGUAAAGACUUGAGUAUUUUAGCCUCACUGCAUUCUGACAACAUAAGCUUGACUGAGGACACAAGACGACGACAUGUCUUGCAAGUCUGCCAAGGAAACCAGAUAAAAUUUAAGAUCCAUCUUCCUCAUGCAGGAAAUUUUGCUUUCAAAAUUUUUGCCAAGAAGAAGUCUGAUCCUGGUAAUUAUAACUAUGUCUUCAACUACCUCAUCUCCUGCCCAAACACAGAGGUUAAGUGGCCAAUGUUCCCCCAGAAUUAUAGCAAGUGGGCAGAAGGCUAUGAAUUAGUGGAGCCUCUAGCUGGAUUGCUGCCAGCCAACCGCUACAUCAGGUUUAAACUCAAGCUUCAUAGCAUUGCCAAAGCUUUUGUUCAAUGUGAAAAAACCUGUCCCCUAUCUCUAAGUAAGGAUGGGUACUGGGAAGGAUCUUGUAACACUUCCGGCUGCACUGAGGUGUUUGUGAUGGUGCUAGAGAAUGCUAACCAUAAGUUCUACUCUCACAUCUUGAAAUAUGAAGUGGAGCCCCAAUAAGAUACCAUUCUUCUCGUCAGCACACAUGAAUAGUGACCUUGAUAUAUCCACAAUCCAUACUACAAUGGGCAAUUCCCUUCACUCCAAAAGGUGUAGUAUAAUGUUCUCCACUCUUGAGGUAGCAGCAAAUUAAUAUAUCUAUAUCAAAACUCCCUGAUGGCCCUUUGUUGGUAUAUGUAAUGGUUGAUGUUUGAAGGAACUGUAGCUUCCUUACCCAUGCAGACUCAGACAAGAUCUUUCAUACAAAUAAUGUCAGUAUAUUGAUGUAUGAGCUAUUGGCAUUGUAGAUUGAAGAGAUAAUUAUGUAUGUUUUCCCACUCACCUACCUGCUACCGUUUUAGGAUGUAAUUGCUGAUUUCUGAAUGUAUAUGUUUUUUUAAAAAACCAAAAAAACCUUUACCAUUAACAAGAAGGUAGUAUUCUAUAACUACUUCUGGGUCAGGGAAAGAGAAGGACCACCCUAUUUUGAGCAUCCAUGCAAGAGUGGCUGCAGAAUCGGAACAACAGACAUGGUCUUGCAAGACGACCAUCUAAGUGGAAGACUUUCUGGUGCACUUCGUUGUCUUACAAAUAUAAACAAUACUGCUAAAUAAGUUUUUACACCAAAUCUUAAAUGCCAUUAAAAUUCUACUUUUAUCUCA